UGGAUGACCCGAGGCAGACUUGCGGUUAAUACUAAUAAUGGGUAUAAUGGUAUUUGUAGUGCGCAGCGCCACCACCAGGGUGGAUCGCACCCGUGUAGACGAGUGGUGUUUGUGAAUGGCUAAUGGAGCGGGUUGAUGUGACGAGGAGACCAGGUAUUUAUUACCUGGAACACGGCACAGGUGACAGCGCUAAAUGGAAUGGAAAGGGGUCAGGCCUCCCUGCUGUGUGAAAGUAUGUAUAUAUGUAUGAAGAGGGUACGAGAGAAAGGAGAGGGUCGCAAGCACCGACCCGUCGAUGGCCGGGUGUCGCCAGGUGUCGCUCCUCUCGUCAGAAGCCGCAGUCGGCAGGUGUUGGGAGGAAAAAGUCGAAAACUUUCUGACAUUCACCACCACCACAACCACCACCACAACCACCACUACCACCACCACCCAGCUUACGGGCUUUUCGGAUUUCUGUGAUUUCUGGAAACACCAUCAUGAAGCCCCUGCCAGUAUUUUCUAGCUUCAGACUCGUCCUGGAAGCUUGUGACUCCUGGAUUUCUAGUCGAGAUUUCAUGUUUCGUGACUGGCGGAACCUGGCAGUUAUCGUCUGCACGUGGUGACCUCCAGUGGAACAGUGGGACACUGCUGGACUGGUGAAGAAGAACGUGAAGGAGUGUUCUGACUGCUAGAGUUGUCCUGACUGUUGGUGUCCUGACUGUUGGUGUCCUGACUGUUGGUGAGCUGACCUGGAGGUGUUCGGACUUCUCGGGAUCAUUCUGAGAUGAGUCAACGCAAAAGUUCCCUCACACGAGCAUCGACUCUGUCCUGUCACGACGGCGCCAGGGAGAAGGAGGUGAAGGCCAGAAAUGAGGAGCUGGAGGGUCUGCGUGCCAGGCUGGAACACGAACAGAGCGACAAUCAGAAUUCCAAAAAGCAGGCGGAGGAGCUGCAGGCGAGUGUGGGGGAGCUGCAGCUCAAGGUGCAGCAAGUCAACGAGUCGUGUCAGAAGCUGCGACAAGAAAUCAAGCGAAAGACGGAGCAGAUAGAAAAACUAGAGCGGACCAACUCACACCUGGAGGACCGCAUGAGAAACCUGGAGAUAAGAGCGUCUGAAGUCGAGAAAGCGGAGCUAACUCUGGAGUCAACGCGACGAAACUUGGAAAAUAGCCAACAGGAGUGCCGAGCGCGCGAUGGUGAGAUCCGCAGACUGACAGACAAGUACGACCGUUCCUGUCAAGACCUGGCACAAUCCAAAAAGAAGAUUUCCGAGCUGGAGCAACGAAUUGAAGAUUUGAAAUUGCAAGUGCGUCACGCCCUCAUCAAGAAUGAAAAUAUUGAAAAGGGCCUGGAGAUGAUCCCGCAACUGAAGGACGACAUUGAGGAGCGGAACAAGGAGAUCGGCGAGCUGAAGAAGGCGCUGGAAGAACAAACAUUGCAGCUGGCGACCUCCCGCAAGGCUGUCCGAGAGUUCAGGGACAGGGCGCGGGAGCUGGAGGGCAGCGAGGCCGAGGGCGAGCAUCUGCGCACCGAGCUGCAGUUGGCGCGUCACGAGGUGACGUCACUCAAACGCCUCGUCACGGGCAAGGACGCUCUGCUCAUGCGCAAAGGCCAGGCGCUUGACCAGGCCAAGGAGAUCAUCGAGGAGCUGUCGAGAACAAGCGACAAGAACGAGGCGAUGAAAAAGGUGACAGAGAUUAUUUCCCGGAUGGCCUCUCUGUCCGAGACUGAGCCUGACGGCGACGGAUCACAGUCCGCCAAUCACCAGCAUGGUGUGACCACGCCUACCUCGUGGUCCACACAGGGCGGUGGUAGGGAGGCGGGUGCUGACCCCGAGCCUCACGGCGGGUGGCACAAUGGAGACACCGAGAUCUCGGAGCGCUGGCCGCUAGGGGACAGCACCAGCAAGAAGACAGAGGGCAGAGCCAACAGGACGGCCGUGGUUCACCCCGUGCGUCGCAGCGCCUCCGUCAACGAUCACCCUAGACUUGUCGCCAGGUGUCGCCCCGCCAAACCCAACGGCCACCAGGGCGUGGCCAUCCCCUACCGACCGGAAACACGUGUUGGCACGCGAUACCAGCCUUGGCUGGAUUACCCGCUAGGGGGAGCUGAGGACGGCGACAGCCAGUGGGUGCGCGCGCACUCUAGCCUCGCUCCGCGCAAGUCUGGCGGCCGCCCCUACUCGGCGCUGGUGGGUGCGCAGUGCGUCACGAACGACGGAAGUGACGUGGACUCCUGCAGUUCGCUGGACACCGAGUACGAAGGCAAGCUAUUGGCCAGAGCUCAGCUGACCGCCCGCCAGAAAGACGACAUCCUAGCGGCCGCUGUGGCCGUCGGGGACCGCGUCAUCUUCACCAUCACCCAGAAGCCACCGCGCUACGGCCGCAAGAAGCCCCAAGCCGUGGUGUACACUGGGAUGGUCAAGUACAUCGGUCAGCUGGACAGCGAGACCCACGACACCGCCACCUACGUCGGCCUCCGCCUGGACGACGCCAUUGGCGAGAACGACGGCACGUUCAAGGGCAGACGCUACAUGUUCACACCCCACAACCACGCCAAGUUCUUCAGGGUUCGAGACCUGACUUCCGUGCUUGAUGUCAAGAGCGGUCAGUACAUACCAGCCAGUCGCCUGUUGCUCCGACACCUCAAGAAAAAUCCAGGCAGCGAUUAGAAGUGAACCGGCAGCGACGCGAACUCUAGUGUGACACGUCACCUCAGCCUACAAGCCAUCCUAUUAAUUUUUAUUUUUAUUAUUAUCCUGGCGCUAUGGAGGCCAUCUUGUCACUCUUGUCAUCACUUGUUUGGACCUCCAUGCACGUUAAGUCCUUCAGGCAGCAGGGAUUGUUGUUCUUUGGAUGGCAAAGUAUUUGAGGGACAGUGGACUACAAGCGGGUCAAGAAGAGCUAGGCAAGGAUUGUGUGUUGACAAACCAAUGGCAUGAAGGGUAGACGAUGAAUGGAGCGUGCAAGUUAGUUGCAUUGCACCUUUGCACACCUGUUACUCCACUCAGAUUUAUACACAUUUUUGUGACUAUUCUCAAGUCACAAGACAAAAAAAAAACAACUCUCAAUCUAGCAUGUGGUGUGGAACAAAAAAAAAAACAGACAGAUGCUAUAAAUAUCAUGAACUGUUGAUUAGUGUACAGGAGACUGCUGAUGCAUUGUUCCUAGUUUUUUCCUUCCUUUCAAAGCAUAUCCGUCCAUCUUAAAUUAAACAUCCACAAAAUGGACAAAGUGACAUGCAAGUCUUGCUGGUGCAGGAAGCAUGUCUGCAAAACAGACUGCUGACACUGGUCACCCAACCAGUCAAAUGAUCCAGCAAAUAACAAUGCGAGGAAACAGCCAUUUGUUGUAGUUGUUGUUAUUGCACAGUGGUUAUUUGUGCAAAUUUUGAUUGUAUUCUAGAGAUACAAGAAAAUUUCUUCUUUAUAAAAACGUUGUUUAAAAAGUAUUUACCUCUCGAAUUCUCUAACCCUGGAUCAGAUAUCACCCAUGUCAAUAUUAAGCAGAUUUGCCGUUGCAUAUGCUCACACUACAACUGUACAUGAUUGUUCUGACAAAGUGUUUGAACACACACCUGACAUAAUGCUUUAACAGAGGCCUGACACAUCGGCCACACAACACGCAGGUGUUACUCAAUUUGCUCACUUUUAUGGUCCAUUUCCCAACACUGUACACACAUGUAUACAGAAGGUGUGUACAUUUGUACUGAAAUCCAAAGAAUGAGAUGUCAAUGUCUGUAGCACCGCAAAAAUAAAGUAAAUAAACACCCAUG